UUUGAGGAGUUGACUAAAAUGGCUGCAGGAAGAGCCAUCCACCAGCUACGCAGGGAGGAGAAGAAAAAGGGUAGAGAGACAGGGAGGGAGAGGGGUGGAGAGGCAUUCAGGCAGUUCCGUGUCUCUCUCGCGCGUGCUCUCUUCCCAGUCCCCAUACUCUCUUUUCUUUCGAAGCCCACAAAGUAGAGUAACCCUCGUCUCCUCGGUUUCGACGCCCGACUCCGUUCGAUUCCGGCAGCUCCUCCGCUGUCUCGGGGAUCCGAUCCUCCGUCGUAGCUCGGUUUUGGAUUUCUUGUGUUCGUGCCCCAGUAGAGUUUGGUUGGGAUCUAAUGGACCAGUACGAGAAGGUGGAGAAGAUUGGGGAAGGGACCUACGGAGUGGUGUACAAGGCUCGGGACCGUCUGACCAAUGAGAUGAUAGCUCUGAAAAAGAUUCGCCUGGAGCAAGAAGAUGAGGGAGUUCCCAGCACAGCCAUAAGAGAGAUCUUCCUCCACCCAAGUACUUAAUCUUCAUUACGCAAAUAGAUGAAACUUGUUCUCUGAGCAGUAGGCGAAGAACAAAAAUUACUGAUGGCCUUUUCAGUUAUUAUAUUCCUCUGGUUGAAGGGAGUUCCAUUUUCUAGUUUUGGUGGUGGUUUCUAGUCAAGUUGCAUUAAUUUUAUUGUUUCCAUUCUUUGUGCAUUUAACUAUCUAUCAUUUACAUGCAGGCCCUGUUUUUGCUUCCAUCUUAUGUGUGUAAGCAAGAUCAAGAAAGUGUUGGAUCUGCUGGUGUGAAAUCACUAAGAGCAUUGGCAUUCCUUGGAGCAGGUGUUUCUGGUAUAUUGAGCCUGGCUACUUUGGCAUCUGCUGAUGAAGCUGAGCAUGGCCUACCAUGUCCAAUCUAUCCUUGGCCUCACAAAGGCAUUCUUAGUUCCUAUGACCACGCAUCAAUUCGGUGCGGUCACCAAGUUUACCAACAAGUUUGUGCUUCUUGCCAUUCAAUGUCUCUGAUUUCAUAUCGAGAUCUUGUUGGUGUAGCAUACACUGAAGAGGAGACAAAGGCUAUGGCAGCUGAGGUUGAGGUGGUUGAUGGGCCAAAUGAUGAAGGUGAAAUGUUCACACGUCCUGGUAAAUUAAGCGAUCGUUUCCCUCAGCCAUAUCCAAAUGAACAAGCAGCAAGAUUUGCCAAUGGAGGAGCAUAUCCUCCAGACUUGAGCAUUAUCACCAAGGCACGACACAAUGGCCAAAACUAUGUUUUUGCCCUACUCACAGGAUAUCGUGAUCCUCCUGCAGGUGUUUUGAUUCCUGAUACUUCAAAUGCUCGCAGAGAUGAUGAUGAUGGAGCUGAAUCCCGUCCCUGAUAUUUUGUAGAUUGUUUUUUAUGAAGUUUGAUAUGUAAAAGUACAUUGUAAUUCAUAACUUUUUAUGUAAAUUUAUAUUUCGAAUGAUCUAAAUGUUUGUGUCAAUAUCAAUGUAAUUUGAAUGUUUGGUUCAUAUUGUAUAAUGUGUGUUUUAUGAUUCAUGUAAAUUUAUGGAGUUUGAAAUCUAGUGGAAUUUACUA